GCGCAAGAGGCCGUGAAUGGGCUGCGCCGGCGUCCGUCCCCCCCCUCACUCCCCCUCACCUCACCUCACGCCUCGAAGAGGAGCGGCGACGACGGAGUGAGAGAGAGUGACAUGGUGAACCUGGUUAGCUUUGCACGGGAACACUGGGUCAAUAUCCUUGUUCCCCUGGGUUUUCUACUUGGUUGCUAUUUUGACAGAAGGAAUGAUGCAAAAUUUACUGACUUCAGAAAUAAAAGCUUGUUGUACAGACGAGAAUUGAGACCAGAUGAAGAAACUACAUGGAAGUAAAAUGACAAAUCCACUGGAAAUGAAGCUUGCUUACAUUAAAAGAAAUCAGGCUCUAAGUUAGUUCUUGGCCUUGUCAAAUUUCCAGCUAGCUACCAUAUUUAAUGAGUUUCUUUGAAUACUGGUUUUCUUUCUAACAUGGGAUUUGGCAUCAAAACAUCACACAACAUUUAUUAAGUACAAAAUUAAAAUGUAUCUAUUCAUUAUUACAGCAUUUACUGUUUAAGAAACUGAUGUACAGAAGUAUUAUGUCAGACCUAAUAAACGCAUUAGUAAUUUGUUUGAA